AUGAAGUUCCCGGGGGGCCGCGAUGCCGUCACCUUUCUCCGUGUCAAGGCUCGCAAGGCGAGUCGCUCCUGUUCCCUUGCCCGGAGCCGAGUUAGAAUGAGAAGUCGGACGCCGGCAAGCCGUGCUCGAUCACGGCGAGGCAGUGCAGACGAGCAUCAGACCCUGGUGCGGCAUGUGAAGAGCCUGCAGAGCAGGUCCAAAGGGGUCAAUGAGCACUGGCAGCACUACUGCGAGCAGCACGGUCGCGGCAUCAUGGACCCGAACCGGCACGAUGUCGCGACGCUGCAGGGCUUUGUGGACCUGUGCAACUCUGGAGGGAGAGGCUCAGUGGGCUCGGAGUCUGGUCGCAAGCAUCGGCGACGAGAUCGUUCCAGGAGGCGCACGAGCCGCGUCCGCAGAAGAAGGCGGAGGGAGGCGAAGGCAUCAUCCAGCAACCCGCGGCGGAGCAGCGCUCGGCAGGGCAGCGCUGCUCGGCAGGGCAGCGCUGCUCGGCAGGGCAGCGCUGCUCGGCAGGGCAGCACUGCUCGGCAGAGCAGCCAUGCUGACAAGAGUUCGAGCUCAGAAGGCGCCAGCAGCGUCACAGUCAUGAACCCUGAGCAAAGCGCACGCCUGGCCGAAGCCAAGCGAGCGGAGGCGGAGGCUCAGGCAGAGCAACGCAUGGCUGACAGGGCCUUGCGAGAAAAGCGGGAGGCUUUGGAGUCCGAGCUGCAGGCAAAGCUCACGGCUGAGCGGAGCCAGCACAUGGCUGAGGCGGUGAAGGUCGUUGCUGCCGUCGAAGCAGAAGCCCGACGUGAGGAGGAAGUUCGAUUGAAGGAGGCCGUGCGGGCAGCUCGGGAGACUCGUGAAGCAAAGGUGGCUGCCGCGAAGAAGGAGGCUCACGAAGCAGCGGAGGAGGUUGUGCAGCAGCUGGAGGAAAGCGAGUUGGCACAGGUGCGCUCUUUGCUGGCGCCCCUAGAGGAGGAAUUGGCUUCCGCCAAAGAACGCGUGGAGCAAGCACAGAAGGCCCUGGAGCAGGUGUCGUCGGAGAUGCACGGCAGGGCAUCACAGGCACGGCAGUCUGCAGCGCGAGCAGCGAUGAAGGGCCGGAAGGAUUCGAGCAGCGAGGUGGACGCAGGCAAGCGGCGGACAAAGUGCUCUGAGGCUUGA